AUGAGCAACGAAGACUACGGGUACGAUUACGAUUACUUGUUUAAGAUAGUUCUUAUUGGGGACUCCGGCGUGGGGAAAUCGAAUCUAUUAUCGAGAUUCACCACCGAUGAAUUUAACAUCGAGUCCAAAUCUACGAUUGGUGUGGAGUUCGCCACAAGAACCAUCGAAGUCGAGAACAAGAAGAUAAAGGCGCAGAUCUGGGACACUGCAGGGCAGGAACGGUACAGGGCCAUCACCUCUGCGUACUACCGUGGUGCCGUGGGCGCCCUUAUAGUGUAUGAUAUAAGCAAAUCGAGUUCGUACGAGAAUUGCAACCAUUGGCUUACUGAACUAAGAGAGAACGCAGACGAUAACGUUGCUGUCGGGUUGAUAGGGAACAAAUCGGAUCUGGCCCAUCUAAGAGCAGUGCCCACCGAUGAAGCGAGGAAUUUCGCCAUGGAAAACCAGAUGCUAUUUACUGAGACAAGUGCUUUGAAUAGCGAUAAUGUAGAUAAGGCGUUUAGAGAACUGAUCGUGGCCAUUUUCCAAAUGGUCAGCAAACACCAAGUGGACUUAAAUGGAUCUGGCAGCACCGCAGGCGCCAAUGGUGGUCCCAAGGGCCCCACCAUCAGUUUAACGCCGGCGCCAAAUGAGAAGAAGAAGAAGAAAUCCAACAACUGUUGUUAA